AUGCCGUCCCGUCCGACCUCGGAUGCAAAUUUUGCCGACCUCGGCCGGUCAAUCGCGUCCAACCUUGACCGCAUCACCCAAAUCUAUACCGACCUCCAGCAACCGCUACCCUCCUACGAGAUCGACUCACCCCUCGACUUUCCGGUCGAGGUGCAGCAGCUCCGGCAGAAAGUGCUAGAUGCCACUCUCCAAUUGCAGCAGCUGUUACUAGGCCCCAAGGAGAGUUUAUUUUUGUGGGCAAGGAACAAUAUAGGCACCAUCCGCGCGGUCUCCGACUUCGAUCUCGCUCGUUCCUUCCCCGUCGGCGAAUCGGCCACGUUCGCCGAGAUCGCGACCACCGCUGGACUCCCGGAGCAGAAAGUUCGUCGGAUCAUCCGCCAUGCUGCGACCGAGGGGAUCUUCCGCGAGGAGCCGCAGGGGAUCGUGAGGCACACGGCCGCUUCGCGGAUGCUGGCGGAGGACCAGGUGAUGCGCGAUUACAUCGAUGUUCACUAUACAGAGAUCCUUCCCGCGAUGAAAGAGACCCCAACCGCCUUGCGCAAAUGGCCCAACGCCACCGAUGCCGCCCAAACGGGCUUCUCGCUCUCGCAGCCCCCGACCCAUCCCACCUUCUUCCAAUACCUGACCACCCAGCCCGACCGCGCGCGGGUCUUUGCCUCGGCCAUGUCGACCUACAGCACCGGGCCCGAGAAUGACGUGAGCCACCUCCGCGACGGUUACGACUGGGCGUCCAUAUGCGGCGGAGGGGGCGGCGGAGGGGGCGUAGUGGUCGACGUCGGAGGUUCGACGGGGUACGUUUCGCAGGCUCUCGCGCAGGCAUUCCCGGCCCUACGCUUCGUCGUUCAGGACACGGCGCCCACCCUCGCCCAGGCGCCCACCGCGACUGCUUCACCCGGGGAACACAGUCGGGUGCAGUUCAUCGCGCACGACUUCUUCGCCGACCAGCCCGUCCACGGGGCGGACGUGUACCUGCUGCGCAUGGUGUUGCAUGAUUUCGGGGACGCGGACUGCGUGCGCAUCCUGCGCGCGCUGGUGCCCGCGCUGCGGGACGGGGGCAUGGUGGUGCUGAAUGAGUUCUGCUUGCCUGAGCCCGGGUCGGUGGGGUUGUUGGAGGAGAAGCAUAUUCGAACAAUGGACAUGAACAUGCUCAGCCUGUUCAAUUCCCGUGAACGCGAUGCCGCAGACUGGCGGGCGCUGUUCGCGCAGGCCGACCCCCGCUUCCGGUGGCGGGGCGUCACCAAACCGGCGGGCUCGAAUCUCUCCGUCAUUCAGGUGUCGUGGUCGUCCCCAAGUGCCGAGUGAGGCGCGUGGAGUGGAUCUUGGGUGUGAAGAUUAUUCCGAUUUUGGUGAAUGACUAGUUGCGUGGGUGGGGGGUGUUUCCACUUCUCUUCACAUCGUUGUAGUGGGGGCCGGAAAAGCCGAUCGUAACGAUUUCGUGUCUUGACUUUAUUUUUUUUUAUUUUUUUUUUUCUUUGGCGAACAAUUUCCUGCAGAGAUAGGCUGUGUGGGAUUCUUGGCAUUGGUUUGUUUUGUCAGCGGAGGUGAUGAAGAACGCAGAGAACACAGAGGGCCAGACUUGGCUGUGUUGGUGGGGAGUGCAAUGACUGAGUGAGAAGGAAAGAAGGAAUGAAUGCAGUGGGUUAUGUCGGUGAUAACCGGGGAUCAGAUGAUUUUCCCAUCUGCGGUUUUCUCACUGCAGUCAGGCUAGCUGGGUAAAUCGUUGGCGAGCGGCGGUCUGGUCUGGGCCAAGAUUGAAAUGCCAUGGUUGUAGGGGG